GUUUCAAUGAUCAUCAGAUAGUUUACGGGUUUCAAAUUGCGUGUGCUUACACGAGAUUUGUUACAAUUGUAGCCGCUGGAAAUUGCUCUAAACAAGGAGUAUGCGGAUCAAAUGAACAGAGGUCCAGUAUACUCCCAGUGACCGCAUUGGUUUGCUGAAUUGUACCGAGCGCACGAUCCGAUUCUGAACAGAAUACUUUGAACAUUCAAGGGAUAUUAAACCUGGAUAUGACGUCCCAACCAGAGUCAAAAUUCAACAUCAGCGAGCACAACAUUCUACCUAACUUCGCAUCUCUCCCAUUGCAAAUCGUUCUGCACUACCAUGUAGUUUACUCCUACAUAUUUUUCAUCGCACAAUCGUUCAUUUACGCAUACAAGGGUUUGACACUACUGUAUCCAAGUAAUUAUUUUAUCGGUGAGGUCAUUCUACUUGCAUUUCUGUGUCUCUUGGAUCUGGUACGUCUCUUUGAAAUGAAACGAUCAAACCUACUUGAAGCUGCAUUCCCGCUUAGUAUGUCUAUGCUUCUAUCGGUACCCACCGUGUUGAUCUGUUCCUGGUUGAUAUUUUGGCAGACGUACACCCUGCACAUUGAAGUUAUUUUCACAGCUGUGAUCACUUUUGUCAGAGCAUCUACCAGUGCUGUAAAAAGAUAA